GUCACACUCAGACACACGCACAUGCACGAGCGGAGCUGACAGGCCGAGCAGCAUCUUAUUUCUUCUCACAUUGCCAUAACAACGGAGCGGCUCAGGCAGCAUGGUAAAGUGAAAUAGCCCUCCUCGGCAAAAAGGUGUUUCAAUAAAGACUACUGCAGAAAAGUACUCGGGGGAUAUUUAAACGUGUGCUUUGUUUGUUUGUGUAUUUUUUUGCUUAUUUCUUGACCUACACCUCGGAGCCGUUAAGGGCAACACGCCGCGCCACACGCGACACCAAGAGGCGCAACUCUUGGAAGAGGAGGAGAGCAAAGGCGGAUCAUCAGAGCAAACAGAAGUGAGACAAAAUUCAAACAAGAAACGCUAAAAAGCGGAGAGCACGAGGGCGGCGACUUAAAAAAAGAAGAAGCAGCGACAGCAUUGUCUCCUUCUGUAGCUGCGCUCACAGUACGCAGGAAAGGAAAGCUCGAGGCAGGCAGAACCGACUCCACUCAUCGGCGGCUGGUAUCUGCAACGGUUUGGCUGCUUAGGCAACAAUGGCUCGGGAAAACGGGGAGACCAGCAACGUGUCGUGGAAGAAGCAAGUCGAUGACAUUAAGAAGAUGUUCGAGUUCAAAGAAAUCCUGGGCACUGGAGCAUUUUCUGAAGUUGUUUUGGCUCAGGAGAAAACUACAGGAAAAAUGUUUGCUGUCAAGUGUAUUCCAAAGAAAGCUCUGAAAGGCAAAGAAAGCAGCAUAGAAAAUGAAAUUGCAGUUCUCAGAAAAAUCAAGCAUGAAAAUAUUGUUGCUCUGGAGGAUAUAUAUGAAAGUCCAAAUCACCUGUACCUCAUUAUGCAGUUGGUGUCAGGAGGUGAGCUGUUUGAUCGUAUAGUAGAGAAGGGAUUUUACACUGAGAAGGAUGCCAGUACUCUGAUACGACAAGUUUUGGAUGCGGUCAAUUAUCUACACAAAAUGGGAAUAGUGCACAGAGAUCUCAAGCCAGAAAAUCUACUAUACUUUAACCCCGAUGAUGAGUCUAAGAUUAUGAUUAGCGACUUUGGGCUGUCCAAAAUGGAGGGAACUGGAGACGUUAUGUCAACAGCUUGCGGUACUCCUGGAUAUGUAGCUCCAGAGGUCCUGGCACAGAAGCCUUACAGCAAAGCAGUAGACUGCUGGUCAAUUGGAGUGAUUGCUUAUAUACUGUUGUGUGGUUAUCCUCCUUUCUAUGAUGAGAAUGACUCCAAGUUAUUUGAACAGAUUUUGAAGGCGGAGUAUGAGUUUGAUGCUCCGUACUGGGAUGAUAUUUCCGAUUCAGCAAAAGAUUUUAUCAGUCGAUUAAUGGAAAAGGAUCCUACUAAAAGAUACACGUGUGAACAAGCUCUGCGACAUCCCUGGAUUGCUGGAGACACUGCUCUCUCGAAGAAUAUUCAUGAGUCUGUCAGCGCACAGAUUAGAAAAAAUUUUGCAAAAAGUAAAUGGAGGCAAGCCUUUAACGCCACAGCAGUUGUAAGACAUAUGAGAAGGCUGCACCUGGGCAGUAGUAUGGAAGGCUCCCAUCACCAAAACACUUUGAAUAGCUCCUGUUUAAAAAACCCAGCUGUCGACACAACAUCUCGCAAAGACUGUCUCUCCACGUCCACUCCUUGCAGCCUUGUAUCUGCCGUCUCCUCUCCAUCCUCUUCCCUUUCCCCAGUAGGAUCGGAGCACAGACCUCGACCCACCACAGUCACAACGGUACAUACUGGGAGCAAGUGAUCAGGAUGCAGUGGAAGAGGGUCAGCAGGAAAGUACAUCACUGCAAGAUGUAAUCGGGAGUUCUCCAAAUAUUUUCACCUGCCAUGUGCACUGAAGCCUGGAAGAACUGGAAGAAGGGAAGACUUUUUAUGGCCAUAUUUUUUACCGCAAAUAUGAAAUGGAUUUUGUGUAUCACAGAACUUGCUUUGAAUUGCAGUGUAUCAUAAGAAAUUAUCAGUAUCCAUCUAGUAACGUUCUUGUUAAAGGGAGUUUUUUUUUUACUGUUACCUUCUCUUGUAUUUGAAUGAAUGUUACAACUGCAAGAUACAGCUCUGCAAUAUGUCCAAAGCUUCCUACAAGGGUUCUGAGCUACGCAGAUGUGAGUCCGUGCUAAAGUAUAGAAUUACAACUAUGGGGGCUUUUUCGUGACACUUUAAUCAUUGUUCUUGUUUGCUGUACGUGUAACAUGCUAGUAGAUGACAAGGUUGUACAAAACAAUCCGUUUUUAAAUAGGGCUCUAGCUGGUUAUUAUUACACACACUUGUUGAUGUCAGCCUGUUUUCCUUUUUUGCCGAUUAUGUGUGCAGUAUGGACGAUAACUUGCUGUCCUCCUCACAGUCCCGGUCAACGUGUGAAAGGCAAGCCCACCUGAACCACUCACUAGUUGCAGGGUGGUGUUUUGUCUCUAAAGGAUUUUCAACUGCAAGCCCCGUUUCUCAGGGAAAUGAAUUAUUUGACCGAAUUCAAAGAAUUAAAAUUUAGAAAGCAAGGUGUUAUUGUGUUUAUUUUAUAUGUCAGUCUGUCACUCUCCCAGGUAUUAUUUAUGUUGAAGCAGAUUUAAAUGAUAUUUCCCUUUGAUAACUAAAGUUUACAUAAAGCGCAGGCCUUCUGUUAUACCUUAUUUUAGAAUUUCAGAGAUAUUGGUAUGUCCUAUCAAAAUGAUUGAGUGUUUUGUGAAUGACGUAUUAAAUAAGGGAAAGAACAUUGAAGCUCAAAUGAUGACGUAGUAUUUUAUCAUUUCUGCGUAACAGUUCUCUAACUUUUCUCUUAAAAAAAAGCAUUACAGUUCAUUUUAUUUGGUAUGCUCCACUAAAGAACUGUCCACAAUUUUCUUCUUUUAAGUAAUAACCUUUGGUAUACCUGUGACAGUUAUGACAAAACACGAUGCGAGUAAAUCUGUUGCAUUAUUGUGUAUACUGGCUGUAUAUUAAGCCUUAAAUGUGUGCAUCAAGUGAAGCAUUCUGUGUUGGUAAAGUAAGUAAAAAAUUUUAUAUCUGUGUCAUAAUCUCAUUCUGGUAAAAAUCUUCAAAAUGCAAUCAUUUUUGAUCAAAUGUAAAUUGUUGUUCAGAUUCUUGUUUAAAAAAGGACAAAGAUUUUAAAAGCUACGCAUUCUGCACAGUAUGCGUAACUGCUAAUCACAAUCCAGUCACACAAAACUGAGAAGCAGACCGGUCUUUAAAAAUAGGCCUUUAGUUUAGCAGCUCAUCCACAGUCAUUCAGAACGUUUGUCUGCACUUCAUAAUGUAGCGUCUCUUCUUGUGAUGGGAAAUCCUGCAUUAUCUCUUUUGAGAAACAGUAUGUUUUAAAGUGCGUUGCCACACUUUGUUAAUAAGUUUCUAUUUGAGAACAAUUCCAAGUUUUACAAACAUCCAAACCGCAUGCCGUCCCUAUCCAGAAGCGAUAAAACAUUUUUCCGUGGUAGUUGCCAUGACUACAGCGAUUCUUCCAGAUGGUUCAAGGAGUUUGACAACUCCUGGAGUGGACAUUGUAAGGAAAAUUGUGUAUUGUGUCCAACACUGUUAGGGAGAAUUUGAAACAUUAAAAACCAAGAAUGCAAAUAUGGCAACACAUUUAAAAAUGGCUGUUGAUAAAACCCCAAACCUGGCACCCACGCCAAAUAAGAAACAAAAACCAGCCCCAUUCUGACAGAAGCACCUCAGAAAUAACUUCCACCCCUCCGUGAACACCGCCACUAUUCACAUAAACAAUUACAGCAAUGCCAACAUCACUCGUGAAAGGUGAGAACAUCAGCAUGAUGGAGUAUUUGUGUUUAUUCCAUCUCAGAUCUAAGCAUUCAAAGUUACUAAAUAAGCACUUUCACAGUCAUAUGGUAGUGAGCCAGCAGUCAAUAUCUGUCGUCUUUUUACAACUUGGAAUCGUAUUGUAAUUUACAGUAUGUUGGCACAAACUGGAGGAUGUAUUGUGAUUUAUUUUGUUUGUGAGAUACUGCUUUACAUUACUUAAGUGUUACCCUUUAAAAUGUUAAUAUUUUUGGGGGUCAUGCAUGUUUAUGAGUGGAAAUCACCUUUUUGUCAUUUACCUUGCAGGCAAAUUAAAUACAAGGUUACACAGACAUUUGUUUAAAAGCUUUAGCCCAAAAAAUGGCUCAUGCAUGUUUUUGGGGCAUCCAGCAUUGAAUGUAACUUUACAAGUGCUUUUUGAUACAUAAUAUGAAAACUAGAUAUAUAAAAUGAGAUGAAAUAAAAAGAACAGAUAGAUGCUAAAAAUGCUAGUUAACCUGAGUAAACACAAAAAAUGGCAGUCAGACCAGCGAUGACGAUCAUGAAAAUAAGAAACAAAUGGGUUUAGCUGUGGAGAGUUUGGCUAGCCAAGCAAAAGGAAAGUAGCUGAGAGGCAGGGGACUGUUCAGAGUUCAUGAUGGCGCAGGGCGGCACACAGUGCUGUGGCACAAAUGGUGCAUAUAAUUCAGAAUGAUGCGCCUUUAAUAUCAAUGCAAUUAAAACUAGUUUUGUUGUGCAAAGUUUUUUUCUUUACUGCAAUACAAGUGCACAAAGUAUUUUAUAUUGUUUAUUAUUGUUAUUGUAAGUUCUCUUUUAACUUUAAAGUUAUCUUUUUAUUGAAAUAUUUGAAUCAGAUAAACUAACCAGUGCUAUACUCAGUACUUGAUAUUUCACAUUUUCUGAUUGUAUUACAGAAGAGAAUCCAUAUGAAAAAUGAAGGCAUAGUGUAGUCUGGCAAACAUGGUGGGAGGUGUCCACCUCAGUGGGGUACCAAGCGGUCAUCUCGUAUGUUACAUGUUUUAAGAGUUACGUAAAUGUCUGCUUUCUUGAAAUUCAUCAGAGCGCCACAGUCUGGUUUGUUACUCCACCAAGUGUUUUGUGACAAGUAAAUUAAGGCAAUUGUCAUUUUUACUCCAGGUUUUGUCCGAGUGAAAGGAUAUUGUGAAGCAGUCUCUACUGUAUGUUUUCUUGGUGGCCACAUAAUUCAAAUGACAUCAUGUUUUCCCAGACUUUCAUGCACAGUUUAAUUCUAGCCAGCACAGUAUGCAGCUGUUCAGUUUUAUCGUCCUUUCUCUACAUCUCAGUACAUUACUGUGGUCUGUUGUAGCAGAUCGCCCACUGAUAACCAGACACAGCGUUCUGAACGUGAGAGUUUCACAUCUCCAGCUCCCCCACAGUGUGUAUAAGCAUGGCAGCAUAGUCGAGACCAGGUCACCCCGCUGGAAUGCAGCCUCCCUUCAUUUUUUCAUCAGUUCUAGUUGCAGAGUUAAUAGUUUGUAAAUAUUAAUAUCAAACACUUUUACCAUUAGGCAGUUUACUAGCAUUUUAUAACUAAUGUUAACUUAUAAUAAGGCACAGUACUUCAGCAGUGUUGCAUUUGCCUGGUAACUGUCACCCAUCAUGAUUUUAUCUUGUCCAGAAAUAACAUGAAAAAGAAUGAGUCGGCUAGACGGUGGUGUUUUUAACGUCUUUGUCACUUGUCAGCUUACAGUACUAACUGGUUAGUGGUGACCAAUAUGAAUUAAUCAUGCAAGAACAGAAAUCCAUAAGCAGUGUUCCAUGUCAUGUCACAGUGCCGGAUAUUGGAAUCUUCACUGUAAGGUGCAUGUCCGGUUGUUCGGCUGCGUUACUGCUACGUUUCUGCCACCAGGGAAUUCAUGGGGAAAUCCUUCACUGGACUCCAGUCCCCAAUCACAUGUUAAAUCUUCUAUAACUGUACUUUUCCAUUAGCUAUCGCUGGGCCUAGUUUCUUCAUCCAAACACAAAAGUAACUGCAUCACUUGGUUGUUUAUUAUGCCUUUAUUUGUAGCUACUUACACCAUCAGUUACACACAAAUAAUAUUCUGGGCAUAAGCAGUGCAGAGUUAAAGCCGAAUUACAGUAUGUCAUCACUGGUCUGAAAUGUAACCAUUUUGUAGUCCCUUAUUUAACAUGGAAACGUCACAAGGCACACUUUGGUGCUGACACGCUAUGUUUUAGGCAGCAAUAACGCAGAAGUGGGUUUGUAAUAAAGGCCUAUUUUAUCAUCCACUAUUCCCAUAUGAUUUGUCAUUGAUACUAUCUAAGGAUUUAUUCCAAACGGCCCGUUCCUUCUCCAAACCCUGAAUGUGAUAUCAGUUACCAGUUUCCAUUUCUUUAAUAGAGUUCUGAGUUAGGCGUAGCGUCGUUUGCUUCUGCUCCUCACCAAGUGCACAACUGCGCUAAAGCAGAUUAAAAGUCAGGUUUGGCCGCUACUUGGAUGUGUUGUUAGUAAAACCAACAACUAAAAAAGUUCACAGAAUUGUGUAAGUAUUUUUGCGGAAAGUUACUGAAGUGAAAUGUGAAGUCUGCUGUAUAGGAUUUGUUUAACUCUUCGUGAAUGGAUCUUCAAGUCUAAAAAUUUGUGACACAAGCCACUAAAAUGUUUUGUGCGUUUGUCACUGGAAGAGUGGGUUGCUUUUCAUUUUUUUUAUCUUCUAUGCAACUGUUGAUCAAGGGCAUCCUUUUUAAACUUGAAUAUACAGAACAGGAACUUCUGUCUGUAGACGUACUUUCUAUAAAUUAGAAAUGUGAGUUUGAGAAUAUCAUUACAGUCUUUCUAGACUGACAGUCACUAGUCUGUUUAUUAGUAUUCCCUUCCCUCCAUACUUCAGAAUGAGAACCUCAUUAACACCCAUCUAUUAAAAUAAUAUAUUUUACAUAAUUAUUCAGAAAAGAAACGAAACGAUUAGAGUUUAUAACAUGCUAGCUCCCCCUCAGUGAAGAUAUUCAAAAUUGUUAAUACAUUGGGAUUAAAUUAUAAGGCCAGUGGUGAUGCCGAGGGAUGGAUUUAAUAUCCGCUUUUAGCUAAGGGACUUGUUAACGCUUCCCACAAGUAUUAAAAUCAAUAAGCCAGACAUGAGCUCUCUGUUUGGCAUCACCAACAUGUGGCAAAAAGAGCCACGACUUCUGACAAGUUAAAAUGACAAAAACCGGAGAGGCAGCAGAGUCUUCACUCUAGUGUUUAAUAAUGGAAGCAAAUGUCCCUUAUGAAUCUCCUGAUGACAAGCUGAUGGCCCAGGUCAUUUUUAUAAAUGAUGUUUGUACAAAAGUGUGUUUUUAAUAGCUAAGGCUCACACCACACUGUGUAUUCGUCCGUAAUGAAUGUGCCUGCAGUCCACCUUGCAAGUCAAAACCUGACACGUUUUCCUCAUAAAUGGUUGUUGGUUUGUUAUCACUGCGUAUCCUUUGACUUGUUCAGUAUAGCGACAUAUCGGUGCCAUGUUUGUAAUAUGGAUAGAGUAUAAAGAAAAGGGCAUUCAUCUCUCAGGUGGCUUCCUUUUACCUCUUUUAACUGUAAAAGCAAGUGACAGAGAUGUGAUGAUGCUGACAAAAAGCGUUAGAUUAAAAUAAAAACUACUUUGUAAGUCUAAUACUAGAAUGUGGUGCAAUCUAAAAAGCUUUGUGAUCAUUAUGAGUUUUUACAUAUUUUAGGUAAAUUAAAGUGCAGCUUUAAACAAAACAGAAUUAUUAACAUUCAAGCAACAAAUAUAAAAUGUUGGGUAUCAACUCAAACUCUGGUAAAGUGAACUGAAAUGAACAUAUCACAAAGAGCGAGCUGGUCUCUUAAAAUUACAAGAGAAUAUCAAUAAUAACUUAAACGACAUGACCCGGCACAGCAUCAAUAUAGAAAGCACCAUUGAUAGAUUUUUUUUGCACUUAAUACACGCCACAGCAGAGUAAUUUGGCUACAUGUCAUGUUGAUCACAAUCGAUUACAUUUCUUUCUUAAUGUAACCAUUUGAAAGCCUUCUUUAAGCUAAAGUUUGUAGAGUUGGAUGCCAUCGGCAUUGUCCUUUUCACAGCAGUCUUUGCAAGGCCACUUUUGGGUUUCGUACUCUGAACUGCCUGCCUUGGCUGAUCCCUAAAGAGAAGGCCGGAGAUUUGCCUUACCAGUAGAUCCAUAGUGAGUGACCACGUUUGUCAACCGACUCCCAUGAAACGUAUGUUUUUAGUUCCAAACAAAGGGCUGAUUUAAAAUGUAACUUUGACUUUAUUUUUUUUAUUUAACUUGGCCACAUUAGCAAGUCCCAUGUCUUGUAUUAAAGAAAAGGGGAGUUAGAUGUGCACACUGACAGUGUUUUGAAAAUUCCUUGUGCUAAUCUUUUAGAAUACCGUGUAUUAUCCUAAAGGUAGCUUACAAAUUAAUGCAUGGGGCAGUAAUGCAUGAGCCAAUACGGUUAAUGUUUCAAAUAUUUGCUGCAUAUUUGAUACAUUCCAGACCAAGACACUGUUUAUUCUGUUCGGAUUUCAAUGACGAUACCUGGUUUUAUUGAUCGGGGGGCGAUUGUUUUAGUCUGCCACUUGAAAAGUUUGGACUUUGUCUAUAAACUGUGUUUGCCUUUUUGUUACUCACGACUAAUGUCAAAUCGUUUUUUUAAAAGCUCAGCAUUUUUAUUGCCUUUAUAUAGAGCCAUUCAGUGAUUUACAAAGUUCUGAAGGUGUAAAAUGAUGUUUUGGGCAUAAUAAGCACGAGUUCACAGACUAUCAUUUGGGAAUGAGGCAAGGAAAGCCGCAAAUUUGCUUUUAUGGAUGCUGUUCUGUGAAGGCGGCCUCAUGUUUUGUUUUUUUUCCCCCAGUUUGGAAUGUUAUGAUGGUAGUAACUAUUUGAAAUUAAAAAAAAAAAGAAUAAAAAUUGAGAAAUAAGCUUGUUCUCUGUUUCACUAACACAGUAUGCUGUUUUUUUUUGUGUAAGGCAGAUUAAGUGAUGACUUCUUAUCCAAAGGCUCAAAAACCAACUGUAAAAUAUGCCAUCAUGUAACUAAUUGUAUGCUGUUCUUCUGACUGACAUUUUCUUCAUGAAGGUUUAAAGAUAUUGAGUAAAUGAGUUAAAUAUUCCUCAAGGGCAAGACCUUACUUUAAAAAAAGAAAACACAUAUCGUAGGAUUAGAGAUUUGUGCGUCUUGUUCUAACCAAACUUUACAAAUGUAAAUGGGAGGUUCUAUCUGUGGUCUUAUUUGUCAAAUAUAUAUAUAUAUAUAUAUAUAUAUCUUUAUAUAUAUAUGUGCUGAGCACCCCACAUGUGAUCAUACAGUAAACUUCUUGAAAACCUGAGCCUUCACUGUUUACUCAUGAAAUCUCUCAAUAUGCAAGCAUGUUUCAGGCGCUUCAGACUUAAUACCAGGAAUGUUGGUGUGCCUAUUAAUAAAAGAAAAAUGCAGGUCUUGUGAUUGUUCUCUUUUCAUGACGUCAAUGAUAUCCAAAAUAAAGCGAAAGUGUAUUUAAACUCUUGCAUGUAAUGAACAAUCAAUCAUUUUGCAGAUACUUUAAUUCUAACUGUGAUGUUGCAAACUGUUAUGGGGCCUAUAUAGCGACUGACUGCCUUUGACAAUCAUGUAUACAUAUCAAAAUUUCUAUCAUGAUGAAAAUGGAGGCUGAGAAUUACUGUUUUUCUCCAAUAAAUUCAGAUCAAUCAUUA